GUCUCUAUUUGCUUUUUCUCCUCUUUGUUUUCUUCUCUUCCUUUCACCCCUGCGGUGGCGAAGAGACGUGUGGUGGUCUGCCGUUUCACACACACCCGCACACGCACGCACACACGCACAGGACAUAAACAACCGGGCCCGCGCCGACCAUACAAGACGGUGAGGUGCUGCUGGGUGCUUUCAUCCCUCCUUUGUCUGUCGAAAAAAACAAAGCCAUAGACACGGCAGCAAAAAGAGAGAAAGGAACCUAUAUAUAUAUAAAGGGAUACCCAAAGCAACAGCGCGCGAACGGAAGGAGAUUAGAAGAGAAGGAGAAGAAAAGAUGCCCUUCACCGACGUGUACGGGGUCGAGCAGUUUCGCGAGCUCGUGAAUGAGCCGACGUUGACGGUGGUGUGCUUUAGCGCUGUGUGGUGUGGCCCAUGCAAGACGAUUGAGAAGGACUUGGAGAAGUUGUCGUACGAGUUCACCAACGUCCGCUUUGCCAAGGUCGAUGCCGAUAACAACACCGAAAUCGUGUCCAAGUGCCGGGUGAUGCAGCUACCUACCUUUAUGCUGGUGAAGGGAGGUCAGCUCGUGGGGUACGUAAUCGGGGCGGAUGUGUCACAGCUCAGAGUGAAGAUACGUGAGGAGCUGAGAUGA